UUUAGGCCCACGCCAAACGCCACUGGCUGCCAUAUCCAGUUCGGCCCCUCAAUCUCUCUCUCUCGGAGCCGUCGCCGUCGUCGUCUUGGCCGCCGCCGUAGCAGCAGGCCGGCGAGGCCGGUCCUCGACCCUCCAGCUCUCCAGUCCAACGGCGUUCGCCCUCCCGUCCCCCGCUGCUCUUCUCUGAUCUCCCGCCAAGCUCGCGCAUUGGUUGGUUCCCUCCCCGCAGCUCUGCUGCUGUUCUGCUGGCGGAUUCAUCGCCUCUCUUCUCGGUGCUCCCUCUAUCAUGUGCUGUGAAAUGAGGCCGGGGUUCGGGUUCGGGUCCGCGCGGCGCGGCAUCUGGAGGAGCUGGCCUGCCCUGUGCUCACAGCAGCAGCAGCGCUUCUCCUCGUCUCUCUGCUCGGCAAAGAAGCUGCACGUCGCAGCCACGUCUCUGCCGCCGCAGCUGCCCAAGGCGAGGAAGAAGAGCAAGGUCAUUGUGAUAUCAGGCCCCACCGGCGCUGGGAAGAGCAGGCUCGCGCUGGAGGUGGCCAGGAGGCUUGGGGGAGAGAUCAUCAGCGCGGACUCGGUGCAGGUGUACCGCAGCCUCGACGUCGGCUCCGCCAAGCCAUCCGCUUCGGAGAUGAGCAUGGUGCCGCACCACCUCAUCGACAUCAUGCACGCGUGUGAGGAUUACUCAGCUGGGAUGUUCUUUAGCGAUGCGCGAAGGGCGACUCAGGAUGUUCUUGCCAGGGGCUCUGUGCCUGUUGUCGCAGGAGGGACUGGGCUCUACUUACGGUGGUUUAUCUAUGGCAAGCCAAAUGUUCCACAGUCAUCCUCCAACAUCAUAUCGAGUGUGUGGUCUGAGCUCGCUGGCUUUCGUGAGAGCGGUCGGUGGGAGGAAGCGGUGGAGCUCCUGCUCAAGGCCGGGGACCCUGAAGCUCGGGACUUGGAUACGAAUAACUGGGCCAGGUUAAGCAGAAGGCUCGAGAUCAUCAGGUCAUCUGGUUCCCCUGCAUCUGCCUUCACCCUACCAUACAGCUCGUUUCAGAAGCAGCAAGACACGAAGCUAACUGAUUCCCCAAGCAAUGAUGCAACCUGUGAAGCGAAGGAACUGGAGUAUGAUUUCCUAUGUUUUUUCCUCGCAUGCCCACGGGUUGAACUCUACAGAUCAAUUGAUUUGAGGUGUGAGGAAAUGCUGGCUGACACAGGAGGCCUUCUUUCAGAAGCCGCAUGGCUUAUUGAUAUCGGGUUGCAGCCAAAUAUGAACUCUGCAACCCGUGCUAUCGGUUACAGGCAAACCAUGGAGUACCUGUUGCAUUGCAGACAGAACGGAGGCAGUAGCUCCCCAGAGGAGUUCUUGGAGUUCCUGACAAAGUUUCAGCAAACGUCUAGGAACUUCUCAAGGAGGCAAAUGACCUGGUUCCGCAAUGAGAAGAUUUACCAGUGGGUUGAUGCGUCGCAGCCUUUUGAAGCAAUCGUGCAAUUUAUAUGUGAUGCUUACAAUGGCUCUGAUGCAUUGGUGCUGCCUGAAUCGCUUGAAAUGAAAAGGGAAAGUUGCGUGCACACGAGCAAGGAUCUCAAAACCUAUCGUUCAGAGAACAAGGUGUUCCUUGGGCAUGAAGAGUGUUGUCACGUUUUGGAUUGGAUUAGAAGGACGCAGGGGAAGUGAGGUCCAGUUUUACUCUCUUAUUAUACUUAUUAGUUUUGUUUCCACCAGCAGAAUUAUCCGGCAAUAGGAUUUUGAUUUUUGAGAGAUUACAACAGGAAUUUCAGUUCAUAUAUUUUUUCUGUUUUCAUCAUAGAUUCAUAAAAAAAAGAUGUUUUUUGGAGUGUUUGGAAUGGAAUGAUAAAUUGAUAAUCCAGGGGUGCUUCUUUGUA